UUGUCAGGUUUGAAAAUACAGGAUUGAAUUGCGAUUGCAAAUUAGGUGUAAUGGUGCAUUUGUUCUUCUUUUUAUCAGAGCUUUAGCCGAGGAAAAAACAGGAGUAUAUUAAAGAAGAUUCCUUUAGUCUAUUAGCCGACUGGUGCAUCAGCUAUGUGGACUUCAUCUUGGUGACCUCUGGGAUGACCUUGUUCAAGGACUAUGAGGAAUUCUCACAAUGUCGCCAUGUAACUCUUCCCUUAGACUAGACAAAUCCAGGACAUCGGGCAGUUUUAAAUGCAAGGUCAGGAAAAUAUGACAGGUGUCCACUCCUAGUAGUCGAUGCCACCGAGUAACCGUCCACCCGGGAGGCGUUGCUGCAGAAUUUAUUAUGGUAAUGAAUGUUAAUGAGGGGGGCGGGAUGCGACAAGUGAGUAAGUGACGUCACCCGCUGCCCGCAGAGAGUGAAACAAACAUGGCGACAGACUGGAGUGGACAGGGACACAUUAUAACUUUAAUCGUUUUUCUUUGGAGCGCCGUUGGUGGACGUACAGAGACAGCGAGUGUAAUCGGGACCCAAGUGUUGGGCAUGCGGCUGGAGAGGAGUGAUAAACCGUCCACGACAACAGAAGAUGGGGUCAUUCAGGUAACAGAAGAGAGCACUGUCCAGCUCAGGUUUUAUGGGGUGCAGUUCAACUCGGACUCCUCGUCAGAGAUAAGGUUCAUGGAACACGGGGAGGGUGAGGAUGAGAAAUAUUAUAACGGCGAUGCUAACAGGACUUGUACUGAUUUCACCAAAGAUUUCACCAUCAGUAGCUUCAUGAAUGUCAGCAGCAGAGGUACAUCAGGGAUGGUGAGCAUCAACAUCAAACCGCUCCGCAAGACCGAAAGCGAGAAAGAUUAUAGCCUCUGCGUGAGGGACGGUCCGGGGGACAAGUGGAUCCUGUUGGGGGACAACGAGGGCAGGGUUCGGGUGGUUGAGGAGAAGAAGGCAUUCUUGCCACUGUGGUGCGAGGUAAUCCUUGUCUCCACUCUGUUAGUACUGUCCGGUCUAUUCAGCGGGCUUAAUCUCGGACUAAUGGCUCUUGAUCCUAUGGAACUUCGUAUCGUCCAAAGUUGUGGUACCGAGAAAGAGAGAAGGGAUGCUCGCAAAAUCGAGCCUAUUCGCAGGAAAGGAAACUACCUGCUGUGUUCACUUUUGCUCGGCAAUGUGCUUGUCAACACCACCUUGACCAUUAUGUUGGACGAAUUGAUCGGUUCGGGACUUGGGGCAGUGGCCGCCUCCACUGUGGGUAUUGUAAUUUUUGGUGAGAUAGUUCCCCAGGCUCUCUGCUCCCGUCACGGUUUAGCAGUGGGGGCUAACACCAUACAGUUGACCAAAUUCUUUAUGUUUGCCACCUUCCCGUUAUCUUACCCCAUCAGUAGGCUCUUAGAUUGUGUCCUGGGCCAGGAGAUGGGAAAUGUGUACAACCGAGAGAAACUGGUGGAGAUGCUGAAAGUAACUGAGCCUUACAACGACCUGGUGAAAGAGGAGCUCAACAUGAUCCAGGGAGCAUUAGAGCUGAGGACCAAAACUGUGGAGGACGUGAUGACCCCUAUCGCCAACUGUUUCAUGAUCCACACGGACGCAAUCCUGGACUUCAACACUAUGUCGGACAUAAUGGAAAGUGGCUACACUCGCAUACCGGUGUAUGAGGACGAGCGCUCAAACAUUGUUGACAUUCUGUAUGUCAAGGAUUUGGCAUUUGUGGAUCCAGAUGACUGCACCACGCUCAAAACUGUCACCAAGUUCUACAACCACCCUGUCCACUUUGUCUUCCAUGACACUAAGUUGGACGCCAUGCUGGAGGAGUUCAAGAAAGGGAGGUCUCACCUGGCCAUCGUGCAGAAGGUAAACUGUGAGGGAGAGGGGGACCCCUUUUAUGAGGUUCUGGGCCUGGUCACUCUGGAGGACGUUAUUGAAGAGAUCAUCAAGUCAGAGAUCCUGGACGAGUCGGACCUCUACACUGACAACCGUAACAAGAAAAAGGUGCACCCUAACAAGAGCAAGCGGGACUACUCAGCCUUCAAAGACGAGAGUGAAUCUAAAGUGAAGAUCUCCCCUCAGCUGCUACUGGCUGCACACCGCUUCCUGGCCACAGAGGUGAACCUCUUCAGUCCACUCCAGAUCUCUGACAAGGUUCUGCUGCGGAUCCUCAAGCACCCCGACGUCAUCCAGGAGCUCAAGUUCAACGAGAGCGACAAGCGCGCGCCACAGAACUUCCUGUACCUACGCGGCAAGCCCGUCGACUACUUCAUCCUCGUCCUGCAGGGUCGCGUGGAGGUGGAAGCUGGACAUGAAAACAUGAAGUUUGAGACGGGUCCCUUCUCCUACUAUGGAGUCAUGGCCCUUACCAGCCCCUCACUAGAGUUCCGCAGCCCAUCCCAUCUGAGUGGUCUGAACCGCUCGGCGUCUCUGAGCUGCACGGAGCGAGUGGAUUCCAUGUCGGUCAGUGGCAGCAACACGCAGCUCAACAACGCCCCCUGCCCGCAGUACACCCCCGACUUCAGUGUCCGCAUCCUCAGCGACGUGCAGCUCGUCAAGGUGACCCGCGCCCAGUACCAGAACGGCCUGCUGGCAUCCAGGCUGGACAGCACCCCUCAGUCCCCAGAGAGCACCCAUGCUCUGCGGUCGCUGGACUACCCACACCCCCCAAACACCCCUGCCACCCCCAACCCCACCUGCCUCCAAGAUCACCUUCAACAGCUCCCCCUCCUCCACCGCUGCCAAGACCAGCACCGCCUCCACGGCUAGCAUCAAGACCAGCACCGCCUCCACGGCAACCAUCAAGACCAUCAGCUCCGCUGCUGCCGCCCCGACGACCACCAACAGCAAACCCAGCAACCCCAGCACCGUCAUCACCAUGACGACGGGGACCGGAGCUGGGAGCCGUGGUUCCAUAGGUCGUCGUGGCGACAGCCUGGACGAGGCGAGCACGCUGCUGAACAGCAGUCAGCAGGCCCAGAACCAGAACUCCAACCAGAACUCCAACCAGAACUGCAUGGCUGGACGGCGCCACAGCCACGGACCGAGCAGCACGCAGGCGACACACUCUCCGCAGCUGCCUCACCCACUCUGCCGCCACCUCACACACGCACACACCGAGAGCACCAUCUGACACAGGCCACACGGGGUGGGAAGGAGGAUCCAAAGAUAACCAACAUACACACACGCACACACACAUAUACCCUUUGUAUUUAUGUUCUACAGUGGCACAUAGUCUUAGAAACAUACUAACAAACACAUACACAUAAACUUACACACACACACACACACACACACACACACACACACACAUACACACAAUCAAAUUUUGAUAA